AAUAGUGACACCAGAGCACGUGAUUCGAGUCGUCAUCUUUUUUUCGUUUUUUGAGAAAAUAGUUCCAUUUUUAUUCUCAACUCUGCAGUGUGCAUGUUGCGCAUGCGUCCGCAAUACUUACAGGCGUUCUGUGGUAAUACUUACUUUCGCGUUGUGAGUCGGCAAAAAGGGAAAGCUUUCAGUUACAGAACAGCUUUCAAAAUAUUUCGGUUUGUAAGAUUUUUUCGGGUUGCGAUCCACUAUCGAGGGAUGUCGACCACAGAAAAGCAACCGUUUCGCCGGCUACCUACAGACGUUUUGCCAUAUCAUUAUGAUAUUGUUUUGUCACCAAAUCUGAAAACUUUUAUCUUCGAUGGCAAAGAGAAUGUGGAUAUUGACGUAAAGAAAUCCACAGACAUAGUUAUUUUGAAUUCAUUGGACAUUGAUAUAAAAAAUGUAUCUUUCCAUGGUGAGGAUGGAUUGAUCAUUUCAACGAAGAAGAUUGAUAUUUCUGUCUCUGAAGAAACAGCUACUUUUGUAUUCAAUGAAAAGUUGCCGCUUGGCAAAAGUGGACAUUUAAGUUUACAGUUUUCUGGAGAAAUUAAUGAUAAAAUGAAAGGCUUGUAUAGAAGCAAAUAUACUGGGCAAAAUAAGUGGUGUGCUGUAACUUAUUUGUGUCCUACAUCAGCACGCACUGUUUUUCCUUGUUGGGAUGAACCAUCGUUAAAAGCUACUUUUUCAAUACAGCUUAUACUUCCAAAAGACGAGUCACUUGUUGGCUUGUCCAAUAUGCCUGUUUUACGUAAAGAAACAAACGAUUCCACAGACACUUUAGUAUUUGAGACAACACCAAUAAUGUCAACAUAUUUGGUAGCAGUGGUUGUUGGUGAAUUUGAUUACAUAGAAGACAAAUCUACAGAUGGUGUAUUAGUACGAGUAUACACACCGAAGUCCAAAAAGGAACAAGGACAAUUUGCUUUAGAAACAGCAGUUAAAGUGUUGCCAUAUUACAAAACCUAUUUCGGAAUUGCUUAUCCACUUCCGAAAAUUGAUCUCAUUGCGAUCGCUGAUUUUUCGUCUGGAGCUAUGGAAAAUUGGGGUCUUGUCACGUACCGUGAAACUUGUCUAUUAGUUGAUCCUCAAAAUACAUCUGCUCUUCGAAAACAGUGGAUUGCUUUAGUUGUAGCACACGAAUUGGCACACCAGUGGUUUGGAAAUCUGGUGACUAUGGAGUGGUGGACACAUCUGUGGUUAAAUGAGGGAUAUGCUUCAUUUGUUGAAUUUUUAUGCGUUGCACACCUGUUCCCAGAAUACGAUAUUUGGACACAAUUUGUUACAGACACAUAUAUUGGAGCAUUAGAAUUAGAUGCUUUAAAGAAUAGCCAUCCGAUUGAGGUACCAGUCGGUCAUCCAUCUGAAAUUGACGAAAUUUUUGAUGAGAUUUCUUAUAAUAAAGGUGCAUGUGUUAUUCGAAUGUUACAUGCUUAUAUUGGGGAUGAUGAUUUCCGUAAAGGCAUGUACUUAUAUUUAAAAAUGCAUAGCUAUGCUAACGCAGAAACUGGAGAUCUUUGGGAUGCUUUGGAAGCAGCUAGCAAAAAGAACGUACGUCGUGUGAUGUCCACAUGGACUGAGCAGCAGGGUUUCCCUGUUGUUAGAGUCCAACAUCGUCAAGAAGGCAAAGACCGAAUUCUGUCUCUUUCUCAAGAAAGAUUUCUGGCUGGUGGUGCAGAGGAUACAGGAAAUAGUGUAUGGAUGAUACCAAUUAGUGUAAGCACGUCGAAGGAUCCUGAGAAAUGCGUGCUUACAGAUUUAUUGGAUGAGAAAACAAAAGAGUUCAGAAUUGAAGACGUUUCUGAGGAUAGUUGGGUGAAGAUUAAUCCUGGAACAAUUGGCUUUUAUAGGACUUAUUAUAGUCAAGAUGCAUUGUCACUGUUAUUGCCAGCUGUUAAAAAUCGUACAUUACCUCCCUUAGAUAGACUGGGUCUCUUAGAUGAUUUGUUUGCUGUGGCACAAGCUGGACGUGCUUCUACUGUAGAAGUACUCCAUCUGAUGCACGCGUUCCAACAAGAAAAUAACUAUACUGUAUGGUCUAGUAUAGAUAAUGCUUUAAGAAAAAUUGGAUUCCUUCUUUCUCAUUUAGAUCGUCUAGAUUCCUUCAAGGCAUUUGGACGUAAUUUAAUGCGUGACAUUAGCAACGAAUUAGGGUGGGAACCUAAACCCAAUGAAAGUCAUUGUGAUACACUCCUAAGGUCCUUAGUGUUGGAUCGUAUGGCAGCUCUAAAUGAUACAAACACUAUUGAAGAAGCAAAGAAACGAUUUGACUUGCAUGUAUCUGGUAAAACGCUUCUAGCUGCUGAUUUACGCAGUCCUGUGUAUCGAGCUGUACUUUCCAACGGCAAUAAUGAAAUUUAUCAGACUAUGUUGGAACUCUAUCGUGAAGCUGAUUUACAUGAAGAAAAGGACAGAAUAUUGAGAGCUCUUGGUGCAAUAAAAGAUGAAACUCUGCUAGCGGAGAUUCUUGAAUUCGCUAUGAGCGAUGAAGUCAGAGCUCAGGAUGCAGUAUAUGCAAUUAUGUCAGUGUCAAUGACAUACAAAGGCCGUCUUAUGGCUUGGGAUUUCAUUAAGAAAAAUUGGCAAACGCUUCGCGAUCGUUAUGGUGGCGGUUUUCUGAUGUCCAGAUUGGUUAAAAUUGUCACUGAAAACUUUGUCACCGAAGAACAGGCCAAAGAAGUUGAAGACUUUUUCAAAGAUCAUCCAACACCAGGAACAGAACGAACAGUACAGCAAAGUGUCGAAUCUAUUAGGUUGAACGUAGCAUGGCUGGCUAGAGAUUUGGACUCUAUUAAAGAAUUCUUGGAUAAACAGGAAAAGGAAGGAUCAGCAUUAUGCCAGUGCAAGUAUUAAUGAAUUACAUCAUUUAAACUCAGAACAGGGAAGACUGUUUUUAUAAAACCCCAUCACUGUCGUUAGAUUUAAACACGAUCGGAUAAAUUGAUACUUUCAUUGGAAAUUCCUUAAAUAUGAGGAUCACGAUAUCUUGUCUUUAGUGGAUGGCAUUUUCAGAAACGGAGCAUUAAUUCCUGCAUUUAUUUUUUAUCGUGUUCCAUGGGCACGUGAUUUUUUCUUCGCGAGUACGAGAUUGUAUAAGUGCACCAGUAUUUGUCACUCUUGUAUUGUGCGUGAGAUGAAAAAAAGAAAAUGAAACAAGCGUAUAGCUGCAGUACACAUUUAUAUCACAUACCAUAAUCGAGAGGAUUCAAAUAAAUACUUUUACGCUUGUAUUUGCAC